CGUCGUCGCCGGCCUCGUCGCCACCGCCCACACCCUGCUCGUCGCUGCCGUCGGCCCUGCCUCAGCGCGCGCGCGCCCCGCCGGGAUCAUCACACACGUCACGCGCCGGGCACGAGCGCACAGCCGACCGCAACGCCUGCCUAAAGCGGCCUGCCACAGGCGUCCGUCGACUAUCGCGAGCGCGAGCUCAAAGGCAACGCCGAGGCCAACAUGUUCAACGCCCCCCGCCCGUCGCAGCCGUACGGCGCGUCGCCCUCCAACGGCUUCGGUGUCACCAGCUUCAUGAGCGAGAACCCCCUCGCGAGCUCAAUCUACGACGACGGACUCGACCCGUGGAGCAAUUCGCCCAGUCCAGCGCCCCAGCCCGUCCCAUCUUUCCCGGCUGCCUCAUCGGGUCUCAGCUCGGUCAUUGGCAAUGCUUCCGUUCCGCCAAUAUACAUCCAGGCAUUCGCUGCGGUGGACGAUACGAAUACCGGCGAGACAUCCGUCAGUGCGCUCUCGCGAGUGCUGCGCACAUCUGCUCUCCCAGCAUCCACCAUCGACAAGAUCGUGAGCUUGGUCAGUUCGCGGCCCCGCGUGUCGAGACUCGAGUUCUUUGUCGCACUCGCGCUCGCUGCCCUGGUACAAAGCGGCAAAGAUGUGAGCAUCGAACGUGUCGCCCAGCUAGCGCAGGAGGACGCACUACCUGUCCCCACCCUCGACUUGGCUUCAUUACCGCCGUCGACCUCCGCAUUCAGCCCUUACUCUAUGCCCGAUCCCGCGCGCAACGUGGCACCGCGGAACUACACGGCCGAUGACCCAUGGAGCGUCCCCAAGUUCCCUUCAUCAACAAUAGCCUCGCCGCCUGUACUACCUAUCACAAACGGGGCUGGCAGUGUAACGAAUGGUGGGUCUUCGAGCAUUGCCGGCACGGGUCUCCCGAAGGAAUGGUGGCGGAAGCAAGAGACGAUCCACGUCAACAUACUCGGCCAACAAGGCUUCCUUCUCAACCGAUACCUCGCGUACGAGGUGACGAGCGAUCGAGGCGCACCUGUGCCGAGGCGCUACUCCGAGUUUGUAUUUCUCUGGGACUGUCUCGUCAAGCGCUAUCCGUUCCGAUUGCUUCCAGCGUUACCUCCGAAACGUGUGGGACCGGAUGAGAAUUUCCUGGAACAACGAAGAAAGGGCCUGGCUCGAUUCCUCAACUUCGUAGUGAACCAUCCUAUCAUCAAGGACGAUGGCAUUCUCGCAGUUUUCCUUACCGAGCCCUCCUUCGAAGCAUGGCGGAAGCACACCUCUAUCUAUUACGAGGAAGAGUCCGCCAGCAAGCGCGUCGACCGCGUCGAGGAAAUGAGCAUCCCGAGCGACCUCGACGACAAGCUCGCUUCCGUCCGCGGCAAGGUCGGCUACCUCAUCGAGCACUGGCAGCGGAUCAGCAUGCUCGCCGAGCGCAUUAUCCGGAGACGCGAGGCAGAAGCGGUACGGGUCCCUCCUCUCGUCCGGCGCGCGUACCUCCCGGCUCACUUCGCGUUGCCCCCGUUCGCUUCCCCGUCCGCGUCCACUACCUCCUUUACACCCGCGCCUGCACCCGCGCCCGCCCCGUCGUCCCCGUCGGACACGGAUUCGCUCGCGUCUUCGAUCUUUGGCGGCUUCGCGCGCGCGCGAAUCAUUGACGCGCAGGCGGACCUAUCGAGACUGACGAACACGGCAAAGAGUCUGGUGGAGGUGAAUGAGCGGUGCUGGCGGGGCGACGAGUGCGAGCUGUGUGCAGGCGUCCGGCAGGGGCUUGUCGAUAGUGCGACGCACAUGCAGAGGCAUUCAGAUAUGCUUGAACAUCGGUCACGGACGAUGUUGUAUUCCACACUGGAGGCGCUUAAGGGACAACGAGACUUGUACAUCGCCCUCCGAGAUCUGUUCAUACGACACGACAGGCUUUCGGGGGACCAGGUCGACCGCCUCAAGAAGCGCGUCGACACGAACUCCAUGAAACUGGAAGGCAUCAAGCAGGCGCACAAAGAGGGGUGGGAGCAAGAGGCAGACAAGUACACUGUCCUCAUCGAGAAGGACCAGGCAGCGAUCGCAGCUGCACUUAACAGGAGAGUAUUCAUCCGCGCCUGCAUGUGGCACGAGCUGCGCGUCGUGCUGCACAACCGCGAGAACACGUUGGUCUCGCAGGCCGUUCAGGCUUUCACGCGGGAAGAGCUGGACUUCUCCGAUCCGCCGUGGCGAAUUGGGCUGCGAUGGCGGAGGCUGUGGAGAGCAUGCCUUACGAGUGAUCAGAUAUUUGAGGAGCACAUCGUGCUUACUCUCGGGUCGGGGAAACGGACGGUGCUUUUAAUUUGAUGACUGCGUGCUCCAUUCACAAUGCAUUUGAUACCGAUACCAUACAGUCUGACUACAUGUCUUUGGAUGACCUCGUUUAACAUAACUCAUGCUAUGAUGCUAUCACAUAUGGAGGUAGCAUGACGUCGCCAUGCUUCAC